ACCAUUUUCAAAAGCCCUUUUCCUCAAAUUCCGACCUUUUCCCCUAAACAACUCAUUUUCCAUUCUGUUAUAAUAAUAAUAAUAAUAAUAAAAGAAAAACAUUUCCACAUUCGGCGCAGUGAAUAAAAACCCAUGUCAAAAUUCAAAAAGGCAAAAAAGUUCUCGCAACCGCAGCCGUCCACUCCACUCUCCGAUCCGUCACCCCACUCUUAAUCUUCAAUCUCAAUCAGAAAUCUUAAAUUUGUCCUCUUUGCACCGGAUCCAGAACGCCCACGAAGAAGAAGAUCUAUUUAUUAACCUUCCCUUCCAUGGCAGCAAUCCGAGUCCCAUGAAAAAGCAUUGAAGAAGUUUCCUCCCCCAUCACCGAAAUGGCGAAUACCCACGAAAGAGGCAAGUCCUUCUUCUUCCUCCUGCAACUCUUUCUGCUCUUCAUCCUCCUCUCUUCACCGCUCGUAACCCGCUCUAGCGAGGAAGAAUCCGGGCCGGAACUCGAGCCCGAAUCCGGAAAUGAAUCCCCCCGCCACCAGGAAGUUCUGUUGCAGAGAAUGGAAGAAUUAGUGAAAAGUUUAGGCGAACUAGUGUCUAGGUUAGAGCCUGUGUUAUCUCAAUCGCCUCCGCCGCGGGAGUCGCCUCCACCGCCGCCGCCUGCCGCCUUGAGCGGUGGGUUGGAAGACCGGGAUCAAGUGAAAGGGGAAGGUACUAGGGACGGUAAGCCUAGGGUUCGGGAGAAAUUGAAAUCAGUGUCAGUGACUAAGUACAGUCCACUCUGGUCAGAGAGGUUUCAAUUCUUCUCGGCAGUGAAACUCGAUUCGCAGGCUACUUGCAUCAACGUGUUGCCCUUUCGAGAUUACGAAGGUGUUAGCAAGUACGUUGCAGUUGGGGAUGAUCAUGGUAGGGUGUAUGUCUUCCUUAGAAAUGGAGAUGUUCUUGCCGAGUUCGGCACUAUGGUUGAUUCCCCUGUAACCGCCAUUGUCUCCUACCUAGCCAUGUACAAGAACGAGAGCAUCCUAGUGACAGGCCACCGCAACGGGGAGAUCUCUCGGCACAAGAUCGUUGAGAGAUUGCUGAAUGGCGUCGAAGAUUAUGCUUCCUUGGAAACUGUCGCCAUCGGUGGUAGUUUUGAAGGGGAAACGGGUAAUUUGGCCGUGAGGGUUCUGGAGGUCCACCAUGUGGGCAGAACAAGGUACAUUCUGAGUUCGGAUGAUGGUGGGAUGAUUAGGGUUUACAAGGAAGGCGGGAAGUUCCAUGGAUCGGUCAAGCCAUCGAGCAGGCCACUCGCAUUCUUGAAACAGCGGCUGAUGUUCUUGACCGAGACAGGGGCCGGUUCAUUGGACUUGAGAAGUAUGAAGAUCAGGGAAUCAGAAUGUGAAGGGUUGAACCACUCCUUAGUACGAAACUACGUGUUCGAUGUCACCGAACGGUCCAAGGCCUAUGGUUUUACCUCUGCAGGGGAUCUGAUUCACGUUCUGUUGUUGGGUGAUGUGUCGAAUUUCAAGUGCAGGGUGAGGUCAAAGAGGAAGAUCGACAUGGACGAAGACGAAACCCUAGCCAUGAAUGCCAUCAAGGGCUACCUCCUAAUCGUCAACCAGCGCAAUGUGUAUGUCUACAACGUCUCGUCUCAUCACUUUGUCAGGAUGGUGGGCCCACGGUUGAUCUUCUCGGCGGGUCUGGACGAGAUCAGAUCAUCAUUUCUCAGCCACCAAACUGGAAUCGACUCAAGCGUGGGGGCGCCAUUGAUAGCCAGCGACAGAGAAAAGCUAGUGGUGGUCGGGCUAGGAGAUGGUUACGUGGGGAUGUACCGUUCCAGCUUGCCAGUUUUCAAGGGCGAAUUCAACACCAUGAUGUGGACGAGCCCUGUGUUGAUAUUCAUACUCUUUCUGUUUGGGGCAUGGCAGUUCUUCGCCAAGAAGAAGGAAGCUCUGAUCUCGUGGGGGCCCGACGAUCCAUUCGUGGGGACCACGAACCCCACAUCAUCAUCGUCGUCGGCAGGGAACUCUGCUCCGGCUGCAUUGGAGACUUCUUCAAGGAACAGUGGUGGGAUCAUGGACUUGAGAACCGGUGAAGGGAUGAGAGGGGCUACGAGGAGGUAUGCUUCACCGCCGAGGUAUGCUGGUGGCGGAGGGACAGCGAGUGGUGCAUUUAGGCCAAGUGCGGUCGAUGCCAGUAACGCGUCUAGGCCAAGUUCGGUUGAGCCAUCGGGGUACAGAACUUCGUCGUCGUCGGAGCUGAAGUAUCGUGCCUCGCAUAUGGAGCCGCCUGGGUUUCCCAAGAGGAGGGAGAAUCUGUUUGCGAACAACCAGGUCGUGGACGAAAACUGAAGAUGGGAUUCGUUGCAGUUCUUUCCUUUCUUUGGUUUCUGUUCUUGUGGCUCUUGUUUUGGGCUUCCAUUGUGUUGCAAGGUUUACAACCAACUGCUAUGUAAUGGCUUCUACAGAAUGUGUAACCGUAACUUUUUGUCAUAAAUCUAUUUGAAAUGUAAUCAAAUAGUUAAAACCUAUUAGAAUUUAUGCAAAAUACAACGGUAUAUCCACAACUAUCACAUUUGUGACAAAUAAUAUCCACAAUUAUCGAAAUAUACGAAAUUUCCAAUUUCGUCCAAUGCUCUAACAGCGUCAAUUAACAAUCUGACUCGAUUAACAUAAUAGGUUGAGUCGGCAAUAUUUGGUCCCACCAUCCGGGAGCAGAUAUGGUGACAAUACCAUAUUUGUUGUUAUUGUAACAACACUAGUCUCCAACCAAUAGGAAGCUAGGGUUGUGAUGACUUUUUAUUAGAUGAGUUAACCUAGUGUAAAAUCAAAGCAAGGGUAUAAUUGUCAUUAUGAAAAAUAUGUUUAAAUAAUAAUUGAAAAAUAAAAAAAAAAUCAAAAUUAUUUUUUUAUUCUAUGCCCAAAAUUUUGGUCGCCGGUCACCGGAAUAUGCUUUUUGUCAUCGGAAUAUGCCACCGCCGUUGGAAUAUGCUUACCGGCGUUGGAAUCUAGUCAUCGGGGCCGAAAUAUGUCUAUCGCCGCCGGAAUCCGAUCACUGACGGUCAUCGGAGUUUGGUCAACGGUCUUCGUUGACCGGUCAAUGGUCAACGAACAUCGGAUAUUAUUGUCUGCAUUGUGAGAUUUAUGGUUUGGUUUCUCAUAUUUUUGUAUGCCUUUUGUGGUUUGCUUUAUCGUGUUUGUGGUUUGCAUUGAGAAGUUUCUGGUUUGAUUUCAAAAAAUUUGUGGUUUGCAUUUAGGGGUUUCUGGUUUGUUUUAAUAUAUUUGUGGUCUGCAUUAGGAAGUUUCUGGUUUGCUUUUUUUGUGGUUUGAUUUACUGUGUUUGUGGUUUGCAUUAGGAGAUUUCUGGUGUGCUUUCGCAAAUGGUGUGGUUUGCUUUAGGGGAUUUUUGGUAUGCAUUAGGAGAUUUCUGGUUUGUUUUAUUGUGUUUCUGGUUUGCAUUAAGAAGUUUAAGGUGUGCUUUCGAAAAUUUUAUGGUUUAAUUUAUGGGGUUUCUGGUUUGUUUUCAUGGAUUUGUGAUUUGCUUUGUGGGGUUUCUAGUAGGUUUUAGUGAAUUUGUGGUAUGCAUUAGGGUGUUUCUGGUUUGCAUUUAAAAGUUUCUGAUGUGCUUUUAAAAAUUCUACGGUUCGCUUUGUGAGAUUUUUAGUUUGUUUUAGGUGAUUUGUGGUCUGCAUAAAACUGUGAUUUCAAG